AUGCCACAACCCCAAGAGCUAACGGGGCCAGCACGACUGCCCCCGUUGGACCCGGGCUUCCUGCUCGUGGCGGGGCCGCGGGACAGUGGGCGGGUCGGGCCACCACUGACUCCGCCCGUUGCACCCGCAGCCGUCGAGGUCAACAAGAGGGACAUCGUGUUCCUGGUGGACGGCUCCUCACCGCUGGGCCAGGCCAGCUUCAACGCUGCCCGUGAGUUCCUCGUCAAGGUCAUCCAGACGCUGGAGGUCGGCCAGGACCUCGUCCAGGUGGUCGUGGCCCAGUACGCGGACACAGUCCGGCCCGGGUUCUACUUCAACACUCACCCGGGCCGCAGGGAGGUGGUGGCCGCCCUGCGCAGGAUGAAGCCCAUGGACGGCACCGCCCGCUACACGGGCUCCGCCCUCGACUUCGUCCGCGACCGCCUCUUCUCCAGCACCAACGGCCACCGGGCCUCCGAGGGCGUCCCCAAGCUGCUGGUGCUGAUCACAGGUGGGCGGUCGCUGGAUGAUGUAAGCCGGCCGGCCCAGCGGCUCCGUCGCGCUGGCAUCAUGGCCUUCGCCGUGGGCAGCAAGGCGGCCGAGGAGGCUGAGCUGCGGGAGGUGGCCUUCAACGCCUCCCUGGUCUUUGUGCCGGCCGAGUUCCGCACGGCCCCCCUGCACGCACUGCUCCCCCGCCUGGUGGCCCCGCUCAGGACCUUCUCGGGGAUCACGGAAGAGAGCAAGCAGGACAUCCUGUUCCUGCUGGACGGCUUGGCCAACCUGGUGGGCCAGUUCCCCGCCGUGCACGGCUUCCUCUACAAGGUCGUCGAGGAGCUGGACGUGCGUCCGGGCAGCACGCGAGUGGCCGUGGCGCAGUUCAGCGACCGAGAGGCCCACGAGAGGAGCCCUCAGGCCUGGGUGGACCGGACUCCUCCAGGGGACGUGCCCAGCGACGCGGCCGACAUCGUCUUCCUGAUCGACAGCUCGGACGGCGUGAGGCCCGAAGGCCUGGCCCACAUCCGGGACUUCGUGGGCAAGAUCGUGCGGAAGCUCAGCAUCGGGCCCAGCCGGGUGAGGGUGGGCGUAGUGCAGUUCAGCGACGAGGUGCACCUCGAGUUCUACCUGAAGACCCACAAGGCGCAGGGGCCCAUGCUGGAGGCCAUCCGCCGCCUGCGCUUCAAGGGCGGCGCCCCCCUCAACACCGGCAAGGCGCUGGAGUUCGUGGCCAGGAACCUCUUCGUCAAGUCGGCCGGGAGCCACAUCGAGGAGGGCGUCCCCCAGUUCCUGGUGCUCAUCUCCUCGGGGAGGUCCAGUGACGAGGUGGACGAGCCGGCCGCCGAGCUCAAGCGGGCAGGCGUGGCCUCAGUCACUGUGGCCAGGAACGUGGACUGCGAGGAGCUGCUCAAGAUCUCCCUGAGCCCCGAGUACGUGUUCUCCCUGAGCACCUUCCGGGAGCUGCCCACCCUGGAGCAGAAGCUGCUCACGCCCAUCACCACGCUGAUGACCCAGCAGAUCCAGCACCUGCUGGACGCCUCGACCCACCCGCCCCCAGGUGAGAUGAGGGUGCAGGAACAGCUGUGUGACCUCCAAAAAACCUGCCGGGAAAUCCAGGAGGAGGAAACAGGGCGCUCUCUGCAGGGGGACGCUGGCGAUGAUAUAGCUGAACUAAAAUAUGCCGAAGUCCCCGUGAUUUCUGAAUGUGGGAGCCAGACUCCUCUUGCCCCCGAUCUAGACACAGAAGAAAAGCAGCUACUCUUCAAGAUUUACCCUAUUAUCUUCCCCCGAAUCAUUAAGACCACCCCCCUUCCGGGCGCACGGACCCUCUUUACCGAUGGCUCUAAAAGCGGUCUAGCCGUAGUGGUUGAUGGGCAGGAUGUUCACGCCAUACAGUUUGCUGAAACCUCGGCGCAAUUUGCAGAAGUAUCUGCUAAAUCAGAAGAACUCCCGUACCCAUUCCUGUUCCCCACCCCCUCAGCAGUGGUUGAAGCCUAA